AUGUCAUCGCCAACUCGGGGCGGAGGCCAAAGGGGGCGUGGAUCGGGUCCACGCGGCGGCGGCGGUGGUGAUGGCCGCGGAGGUGGACGUGGAGGCGGUGACAGAGGCGGAUACCGUGGCGGGAGUCGUGGCGGAGGCGGUGCCCAACGGGGUAGGGGUGGCGGCGGCGGUGGUUAUCCGCAGCGCCCAAAUGUUCCCGAUGUCCGCACUUUGGCCGAAGAGGUGUCCCGAAUGACUAUUGGCGGCGCCGCCGGCGGUGACGCGAAGACUAAGACAGCGGCGGAGGGUCCGAAGCGCGGCACCGCUGGCACUGCCAUCGCGUUGAUUGUCAACCACUACCGGAUCACCGGUUGGGAGAAGAUGUCGUGCUAUCUGUACGACAUAGACAUACAGUUGCGUCGACGCGACGGUAAGGGUUUAAUUCUGAUGACUCAGGCGCCGGCCGGUGCCGCGGGUGGUCAGCCCGCGCGCCGACUCCGCAACGACCAGCGCGCCGACAACACGCGAGUUGUGGCCAAAAUGGCGGACGAAUGGCCCGAAGCUUUCAAAGGCCGUCUGUACGCCUUUGACGGCCAGAAGUUUCUAUACGCCGGACAACGGUUGCCGGUGGUGUCGGAGCUACAGACCAAACGGGAAGUGACCAUUCAAUUGGACGGAUUCGUUGAGCAGACGUUUGAGGUGCGGAUCCAAUUCGUGAAAGAGGUGCCAAUGGCGCCGCUGUCCGAGUACUUCAACGGCCGUAAUCGUACGCAAAAUCCGGAGGACUUCCGCGAAGCCCUACAGGCGCUGGAGAUUGCCUUCCGGUAUAUGCCUUCACUGACACGAGUGCCGGUGUAUCGCAAUCUAUAUACACUCGAAGGCCGGGAACCGAUAACCCGUGGCUUUCGGCCGGCAGUGGCCACCAAUGCUGAGAUAGCGUUCGGUCACUACCAGUCCGUUCACGUGACCGAAUCGGGACUCACGCUUAACGUCGACCGCACAGCGACUCUCUUCGUGACCGGCGGUCCACUCAUUGAGUUCAUAGAGCGUGAGCUCAAUAUACCGGACAUUGCGCGCCAGCCAUUCACCGACGAUGUGAUCCAUAGAGUGACCGCAAAGAUCAAAGGCCUCAAGAUAUACACGGAUCACAUACCGAACCAAAAGCGUCGCUACUUUAUUGAGUCGAUGAUUGUCCAGAGAGUACACGAACACAGUUUCGACGACUCCAACGGCAACCCCAUUACCGUUGAGGAAUACUUCAAGAAACAGUACCCAAACACUCGGGCGCUGUUGCGCAAUGUGGGCCUCAUUAAGGCCAGGGGUGAGAAAUACUUGCCGGUAGACGUGUGUCACGUGUACCCCAAUCAGCCAAUGCCGCGCCGUAUGGUUACGCCCGAUAUGACACAACAGAUCGUGAAAAGCGCCAACAGUCAGGACCCGAGCACUCGCUUCGGUCUAAUACAACAGUCGGCCGAAGAGGUCGAGAAAGAGAGUCGCGCACUGAUGGCCAGCUUUGGCGUUGAGCUGCAGCUGAAGCCGAUUAAACUGUCCGGUCGUGUACUGCCGGCGCCCCGACUGGAGGGCGAUCAGCGGCGGGUGAAAAAUGGCCGCCAAUUGUCUCGUUACGCGGUUGUCAACUACUCGGUGAAUGUCAAAGACACUCUGCAAGAGAAUUACAAACGAUUCUUCACGGAACUGAUCCGUACGGCCCGGCAAAUGGGUAUCGUUAUGGCCGACAAAGCGAUUGCCGACAGUGAGUCGCACAGGCCUUCACUAAAAGCGGUCGACGACGACAUUAAGGCAUUCAAAGCCAAAAAGGUUGAAAUGAUAUUCUUCGUGAUACCAAAGGACGGCCGCGUUUACCGAGCGAUCAAACACUUCGGCGAUGUUGUCUACGGAGUGGCCACACAAUGCAUACUCGACUCGCGUUUCUUAGACACGCCGAACGGCUAUUUUGGUAAUCUAUUGUUGAAAGUGAACGCCAAGAUUGGCGGUCAGAAUCAGGUGUUGUCCGCACUGCACAGACCGCCCGCUAUGAUUGGCGACCAAAAGCGGGCCGUAAUGGUUGUGGGCGUCGACGUGACCCAUCCCGGGCCCGGCCCUAUGGGCGACGGACCCGUGUGCUCAUCCAUCGCCGCCUCUGUGGCCAGUUUUGACGCCGAGUUCAGUAAAUACGGCGCGACUAUUGCUGGACAACCGUUGAAUACGGAAAUAAUCGCCGUUUACGACCGCAUGUUUGUCCAACACCUUAAGACAUAUCGGGACAAGAAUAAAGUGUUGCCGCAGACUGUGAUACUAUUCCGCGACGGCGUGUCUGACGGCCAAUUGGAUCAGGUCUUAGCCGAAGAGAUACCACUUAUUAAGAAGGCUUACGACACUGUGCAGAAGGGCUUCCAGUUUAAGCUAAUAGUGUUUGUGGUGCAGAAGAGACAUCACACGCGAUUCAUGCCAUUCGCGCGCACCACCGAUGCCAAGGGUCGGGAGAUUAAGAAUAUACCCGCCGGAACUGUUGUCGACCACACUGUAACACAUCCGCUGCGCAAUGAGUUCCAUCUGUGUUCACACAAAGGUCUACUCGGUACGUCACGUCACGCGAAGUAUGUGUGCCUUCGCGACGACCAUCAGUUGACCGAAGACCAGAGGCAACAGAUAGCGUAUUACAUGUGUUACACUUACUGCAGGUGUACGUCACCCAUAUCUAUACCAAUGCCCGUCGCUUACGCCGAUUUGGUGGCCACUCGUGCCAAAGACCACAUCGAGGCCCAGAACCUGGCGUUUCAGCCGCGCGUCAGAGACGAGACCGCCGACCAGAAGCGAGCGCGCGAGUCGGCCAACAUUGCGCUCCUCAACGGCAAAGUUGUUGUCCACGAAAAUGUGGUUUUGUUGCCAUAUUAUGCUUAA